AUGAUCCUGGUCUUGCCCUUGGUAAGUACCUGGUCGGAGCAGUGUUAGCGAUCAAGCUUUGACACCGCAAGUUGGUCCGCCUCAUAGCAUGCGUUUACCCUCGCGGUGGAGCGACACAUGGUCUGGCUUUGGCCCAUCGUUUGGGCGAUCGGACUCGUCGUCAAUGGGUUUGCGUUUGGCUUCGUGGGUUACUCCAACGCGGGUGGAUUUUGCAAUAUUGCCAGCGGUCGAGGUGGCCGAUAUUUCAACGCCAUUUUCACGUUUGUCCCACGUGGCUUCGUCGUCGUCGUCAUUCUCAUCCUCUACACGCAUCUCUUCUUCUUCUUGCGGAGGACGAACCUUUUUUCUUCCAUGUCGCAUCGGCUCUCGUCCCACGAUCACGGUCAGCAGCGCUCCUUGCGCUCGCUGACGGCGCGACUCUCCCGACGAUCAGGUAAUCAUCCUGGCGAUGCGGAGGAGAAUGCAUUUGGCACGCCCUCACAACUUGUGGGACGAGAUCAGAAAGGCUCUCAUCCUCCGAAUGGCAUCCUCCAAAACGGUCUGGAGCAAGGCCCUCGAAGAGGAAGCGCUGCUACAACCACCUCAUCUUCGGCACUUGGAGGUGGAAGCACCGUCAGCGGUCAGAACCGUACACCAGACUCUUACAAGGCUUCCGGCGAAGAAGAUGCGCCAGCGGUGACUUUGCUUGGCAAAAACGACAUUGAGAUGGUCGAAUGCGCCAACUUCUGCCGCGCUCACGAUGGUGGGAGAGGAGGUACAGAAGUGACAACUACAGUGGAGCGCGAUGGUCAUGCCGGGGAGAGCCCGCUGACGAUCGCAUCACCGCUCACCAAGACUGCUGAGACAGGAACGCCUGGAGAGGCAGGAGCUUUUUCCAACACUAG